AUGCCUCCUUCAAAUCCAUACCAUCCAACAGAACCACCAGAUUCGCCCGCCGACGACUCCGACUCGGACCUUGAGAUUGACCUCCAGGAACUCGACCCCCUACCUGCAGAUGAGCUCCGCAAGAAGUCGGGGCUGCUGGGACACGAACGAGAAGCUGCCGAGCAGAGGGCACCUAGGAUAGCCCUGCGCAACCUCCGCAUGGGUAGUCUCCGGCGCAAAGGGAAGUCGGAUAGAGGCUAUGGGGGGCUCGGUAGGGGGAGGGACGACGGCUUUGACGAUGCGGAGGCUCUGCUAGCAGAUGGCGACCGGGACGGACACUCGAGUCGAGGAAACUCCGGCGAGGAGGAUGCACCUUUCCUGCGCGAGCACGACGAGCAAUCACGCCGCGCCAAUGGCCACAAGAAUACCAUGUCCAGCAGCCGCUCCGCUGGGCUGCGUCUUCCAAGCUUCAUGUCCUCCACUGCCGGGGAGCAACAGGGUGAGGACGAGGACAAGGAGGAAGAUGACCCCUCAGCAUCGAGGCUCGUGGCCGUCGGUUCCGCCCAGUCGACCCGAUUCCCACCGAACCUCAUCUCAAACGCAAAAUAUACCGCCUUCACGUUUCUUCCCAUAACGCUAUACAACGAGUUCUCUUUCUUUUUCAACAUGUACUUCCUGCUCGUGGCACUCUCGCAAGCGAUACCCGCCUUGAGGAUCGGUUAUCUAUCAACCUACAUCGGCCCUCUGGCUUUUGUUCUCAUGAUUACCAUGGGGAAGGAGGCAUACGACGACGUGGAGCGGAGACGGAGGGACAACGAGGCGAACUCGGAGCCGUACACUGUGGUAGCGUUUGACGAAUGGGACCGAGCCCCAGCAUCCGGCCGCCCACGGAAAGCACUCAAGUCUGCAAGCCUACGCAAGGGGCGCAAGGGAAAGAUGCCAGAGAGGGAUAGGCUAUCAGAUAUACAGGAGGAGGAAGAGCAGGCCGAGAGCGAGGGACACAGAAAGGCGCCUUCAUCCCAGAUCCGUGAGAUCAGCAAGAAGUCCAAGGACCUGAAGGUUGGUGACGUGUUGAAGCUCGAGAAAGGCCACAGAGUGCCUGCGGAUGUUGUCAUUCUGAAGUGUUUCUCCGCUGCGGACCAUGUCGAACCUACUGCUGAACAAACGCAGGUGAGGGAAAAAUCCGGUCCUGGAGGGGAGACCUUCAUACGGACAGAUCAGCUGGAUGGCGAGACGGACUGGAAAUUACGACUCGCAUCUCCGCUGUCGCAGGGUCUGGAUACAGAGGAGUUGGUUCGUCUUCGAGUGGCGGGCGGCAAGCCAGACAAGAAGGUCAACGAGUUUGUUGGCACUCUCGAGCUCCUCCCAUCGAGGCACGAGGCCAUGAGCAACGCCAACAGCUCGCAGCAUGAUGGAGACACCCCCCGAUCUGCACCUCUGUCAAUUGACAACACCGCAUGGGCAAACACGGUCAUUGCGUCCAACGCGACCACGCUGGCCGUGAUUGUCUACACUGGACCUCAGACGCGUUCGGCUCUCUCGACAGCUCCCUCUAGGACAAAGAUCGGCCUUUUGGAGUAUGAGAUCAACUCAUUGACCAAGAUUCUUUGCGCGCUGACCCUUGGGCUCUCAAUCGUUCUUGUCGCCCUCGAGGGGUUCGGAAACGUGCCUGGCAAUGUGUGGUAUGUCAAGAUCAUGCGAUUUCUGGUCCUGUUUUCGACGAUCGUACCCAUCAGUCUCCGUGUCAACCUCGACUUAGGCAAGAGUGUCUACUCUUGGCUCAUCCAGCGCGAUCCGGGCAUUCCUGGCGCUGUGGUACGCACCAGCACCAUCCCAGAGGAUUUGGGCCGCAUCGAGUACCUGCUCAGUGACAAGACGGGGACCCUGACGCAAAACGAAAUGGAGAUGAAGAAGAUCCACGUGGGAACCGUCUCGUACGCUAAUGAAGCAAUGGAUGAGGUCUCGGCCUACGUGAAGCAAGGUUUCCAAGUGCCUGCAUCCACAAACUCGACGGCAAGCUCGGUGCUCAUCACGCCUUCUUCAACGUUCGCCGCAGCUGCCAAUGUUGGAGCGACCAGGACUCGCCGUGAGAUCGGUACAAGGGUACGUGAUGUGGUUUUGGCUUUGGCGCUAUGUCACAACGUCACCCCUACUACCGACGAAGAAGAUGGCAAGACAAUCACAUCCUACCAGGCUUCGUCUCCUGAUGAGAUUGCCAUCGUCCGGUGGACAGAAGCCGUCGGUCUGCGACUGUCGUACCGUGACCGCAAGGGGAUGGUGCUCGAGUCAUCUGAAACGGGCCGAUCAGUUGUCCAGGUCCGCAUCUUGGAAGUCUUCCCCUUCACAUCCGAUGGCAAGAGGAUGGGUAUCAUUGUUCAGUUCUUGGAGCGGUCAGGCUCUGUGCCCGACAUCUCCAAUGGUGAGAUUUGGUUCUAUCAAAAGGGUGCGGACACGGUCAUGGGAUCCAUCGUGGCAGCAAACGACUGGUUAGACGAAGAGACGGCCAACAUGGCUCGCGAAGGCCUGCGAACGCUGGUUGUGGGCCGAAAGCGAUUGUCUCCCGCCGAGUACCACGAGUUCAAGGACAGAUACUCCGAGGCGUCGCUGGCGAUCAGCGGCCGUGACACUGGUAUGCAGAGAGUCGUGUCGCAGUACCUCGAGCAUGACCUUGAGCUGCUGGGCGUGACUGGCGUGGAAGACAAGCUGCAGAAGGACGUCAAGCCCUCCCUCGAACUUCUCAGGAACGCUGGCAUCAAGAUCUGGAUGCUGACGGGCGACAAGGUUGAGACCGCUCGCUGUGUGGCUGUGAGCUCCAAGCUUGUCGCCCGCGGUCAGUACAUCUAUACUGUCGCCAAGAUGAAGAGAAAGGACCAGGCACAGGAUCAUCUGGACUUUCUUAAGAGCAAGGCCGAUUCGUGUCUGCUGAUUGACGGCGAAAGCCUGGCCCUCUUCCUGACGCAUUACCGAACCGAGUUCAUUUCCGUGGCUGUCAAGUUGCCAACCGUCGUCGCCUGCCGAUGUUCACCUACACAGAAGGCCGAGGUCGCCAAGCUUAUCAAGGAUUUCACCAGGAAGCGUGUGUGCUGUAUCGGAGACGGCGGCAACGAUGUCUCCAUGAUUCAAGCUGCAGACGUGGGUGUCGGCAUUGUCGGCAAGGAGGGUCGACAGGCCUCCCUCGCUGCCGACUUCUCGAUCGAGCAGUUCUUCCACCUGACUAAGCUCCUGGUGUGGCACGGGCGCAACAGCUACAAGCGCAGCGCCAAGCUCGCGCAGUUUGUGAUUCACCGUGGCCUGAUCAUCGCCGUCUGCCAAACCAUGUACAGCAUCGCGAUCAAGUUCGAGCCCGAAGGCCUGUACAAGGACUGGCUGCUCGUAGGCUAUGCCACGGUGUACACUGCGGCACCUGUCUUCUCGUUGACGCUGGACAAGGACGUCGAUGAGGAGCUGGCGACUCUGUACCCCGAGCUGUACAAGGAGCUCACGGAAGGGCGCUCGCUGUCGUACCGGACGUUCUUUGUGUGGGUGUUUGUGAGCAUCUACCAGGGCAGCAUGAUCCAGGGCCUUUCGCAGCUCCUCACGGAGGUCGAUGGCCCCAAGAUGGUAGCGGUCAGCUUCACGGUCCUGGUCCUGAAUGAGUUGUUAAUGGUGGCGGUCGAGAUCACGACAUGGCACCCGGUCAAUAUCAUAUCCAUCGUAGGGACGUUCUUGAUGUAUGUGGGAUCGAUACCGUUCCUGGGAGGCUACUUCGAUCUGGCUUUCAUCCUUACGUGGGGCUUCUACUGGCGCGUCCUGGCCAUCGGGGCCAUCUCGCUCAUCCCACCAUAUGCUGGAAAAUUGAUCAGGAGGACAAUGAAACCUCCAUCGUACAGGAAGGUCCAGGGGAUCUGACGGGAACUGUUUUCUUCGGAGGAUUGUGUUUAUAGUCUCUUUUGUCUGCUGUUAAAAGGGGACAUUGGUAGCUAGGCGUUUAGAGCGAGCGCUGCUUCGAGGGCAUAGAGCCCGAGUGAAUACAUACAGAUAUACAUUUCC